UUUGAGGCGUGUGUCGCCCGUGUCGCCAGCAGCUGAUGUUUAUUUCUGCCUUGUUCUUAUUUGGUUGCUUCGGAAAUGCACUCGCUAUCGCAUGAAAGACUGUGUCCAGAGUUCUUCUAAGUGUCUUGAUAGUUUGAGAUAUGUUAUACUUAAGGGCAAGGCUCAGUGGUGCUUGCGAGAUGAAGAUCAGCGUAAUGAGCAGCACUGGUGUUGAGUGGACUGUGGAGAUAUUGCCGGAGUACACGGUCGAAAAACUGAAGCAAAUGUCUCUCAGUCACUUCUGCAACCCACUGGACUGCAUAAAACUUUCCGAUUACUACAAGCUAGUUUCGGUUUCCCAAGCGAGGCCGCUGUGUGAUCAAAGUUCUGUGAGGGAGGAAAAGAUCCGCGAUGGAGAUGAACUGCUGCUCCUGAAACGUAGUUCCACGUUUUCUGGAAAUGCGAACAAGUCAAGUGAGGGUCAGAUGCUAGCAGUUCCGGACAAAGGUGCUAUCGAUUUAGCGACGGCGAAUCUUGAACGCAAGAAUUUUGAUAAACCUGCCAUGGACGUACAACUAGUCGCUGAUUUUCAAACUGAGCUGAGAAGAAUAUUGGUUUCUCUAUUGGAGCUGUCUGAAAAGCUGCUUCGUCACCAUCCGGACAUUGAAAACAUUUUCAAGAAUUUACAGAGCAAGCUUAUCGAGAAGCGCGAACCUGAAAUUGAUGAAGCAGCAUUAAAAAAGCUCUUGGAAAUGGGAUUUGAGGAGCAACAAGCAAUCCAAGCCCUGAGAGAAAACAAGAUGUGUCCAAUGACAGCAAUGGAUUGGCUACUAGCCAAGGGCUGCAGGCAGGAAAAGGAUUCCUGCUCUGAAACUUCUGCAGAAGACAUUUCUGCUCGUGCUACUGCUCAAGCUAGUGUGGAUAAACAGAUGAAUGCAGAAGUACUAAAUGGUAGUACAGAAGCGGAGCAAAAAGGCAUUGUGAGUGCGAUGCUCGAGUGCUUUCAAGAGUACAAACGGAAAGACUUCAAGCCUAAUAAAAAGGCCAUGAGCAAUCUUAAAGAGAUGGGUUUUUCCGAAACUGCAAUCCUGGAUGCUCUUCGGAUUCAUAGCAACAGCCAAGAAGCUGCGUGUGAGUGGCUACUAGGUGAUCGCCGACCUAAGCCUGUGGACUUACAAUUGGGCCUCGACACUAGCAGUUCUAUAUACAGGUCCAUUGUCAAUAACCCAGUGGUGCAGCUGGGCCUAUGUUCACCAAAGACUCUUCUUGCCCUGCUUCAGAUGUUGGAAAAUCCUGGCUGUGCCUCUCGCUGGCUGAAUGACUCGGACACAGCACCAAUUCUAAGCCAGAUAUUUCGUAUCUACCAUGCUGAGAAACACUCUGUACAACUUGUAAGGCCCUUAGUGAUAUGAGCAUGGCUGCUGUAUGUAAUUAUAGAAUGUAAUGAGAAUUCACAUGUAUCCCUCGAACUUCAGCUUCCUCAUUUUUAUGUCGACGGAGAUGCGGUUUGUGUCACGCGGCCUCCUUUACACAAAGGAAGGUAAAUAGAGCAUUUUGCAAACAAA